CGGGUCGCCAUUCCGAAUCGCGAGGUGCGCGAGGUCGGGCCAGGCCGAUGAGGACGCGCAGCGCGACGGCGAGCCGCACGUAGUCGCUCCCCGGGAACUUCCGCCGGACCUGCCCGCCGCCGAGACCAGGCCGACGAGGCCUCGCCCGGGUCAGCUUCGGCUGCUCCGAGGACGCACUACUCGAUGUCUGGCUCGUCUGGCAGCAUGUGGGGCGCGAGGCCCAGGCGCCCCAGUCCGGCGCUGCUACUGCUGCCGCUGCUGCUGGUGCUGGAGGCCCACGGCGCGGACAUCCUGCACGUCCACGCCCACGACCUGAAGGGCGAGGACGGCCCCGAGGUGCGCGUCGAGCAGGGCACCCUCCGCGGCGUGUGGGUGCUCGGCGCGGCCGGCACCGACGUCAAGUUCGCCGCCUUCCGGGGGAUCCCCUACGCCGCGCCGCCCGUCGGCCCCCUGCGCUUCAAGGGGCCGCGGCCCGCACCCGCCUGGUCCGGCGUCCGCGACGCGGUGGCGGAGGGCCCCCUGUGCCCCCAGGGCCACCCGGACAGCCCCGAGGGAGUCUCCGGCCGCGAGGACUGCCUCUACCUCAACGUGUACUCGCCGCGGGAGGCCCUGGUGGACGAGGCUGGUGACACCACCGAGUCCCCCGAGGACCUGACGACAUCGACGGUGCCGCCGACGGUGACAGCGUCCAGAGAGGACACCGCCUUCAACGAGACCAGGACCACGACGCCCCGAGCCCCGCGCGCCCUGCUGCCCGUCAUCUUCUUUCUGCAUGGAGUCGGGGGGUGGUUCCACAAGGGCUCGGCGGGGGCCAUGGACCUCGGCCCCGAACUGCUGCUGCAGCACGGCGUGGUGGUGGUGACGCCGAGCUACCGCCUGGGCCCGCUGGGCUUCGCCAGCCUGGACACGACGGGCGUGCCGGGCAACGCAGCCCUCAAGGACGUCCUGGCCGCGUUGCGCUGGGUGCGCCGUCACGCCGCGCUCUUCGGCGCCGACCCCACCAGGGUGACGGUGGCGGGGCACGGCGCGGGCGCCGCCCUGGCACACUACCUCACCCUGGUGCCGGCCGCCAAGGGGCUGGCCCACGCCGCCAUCCUGCAGAGCGGCAGCGCGCUCAACCAGUGGGCCUUCACGCAGGACCACGUGCGGUACGCCACCGAGCUGGCCGCCAGGAUCGACCCAGACGGCGUGGGCCUCAACGACACGCAAGACGUGGAGGCGGUGCUGCGCGCCGCCACGGUGGACCAGCUUAUGCGGGCCUACGAGGAGGUGCGAGUGGCGGCGCCCUCGCGCGAUCACCGCGUCAACUUCCUGCCCUUCACGCCGUCGCCGGAGCGUCGGGUCCAGGGCCAGGGCCAGGACGACGACGAGGAGGUGUUCCUGCCCCACGAUCCGGAGUACCUGGUGGUGAACCGGGCGGUGCCUUCGGUGCCCGUGCUCAUGGGGAUCACCUCACAGGAGGCCCUGCUGCGCUUCUGCAACCUCAAAUGGGACCUAUUCCCGGAGAGGAUGGAGAUCUACAACACGGAGCUGCAGCACCUGCUGCCGCUCAACCUGUGGCCCAGCGACGACACGGCGGCCCUGUUCAGCGUGCCGCCUGUGCACAACCUGACCAGCGCCAACGCCGAGGACGCGCCGCCGCCGAACUACCCGUCGGAGCUGCGCGACAUCGCCGACCAGGUGCGGGAGGAGUACUUCGGCGGGGCCAACAUCACCAACAGCAGCCAGCAAGUCGUGGAGCUCUUGAACGACGUGUCCUUCAACGCCGACAUCCAGAGGCUGGCCAUCCGGAGGGUGCAGGCCGCGGCUCAGCCGACCUACCUGUACCGCUUCAACGUGGAGGACGAGUACAACCUGGGCAGAGCGCGCCGGAGGCUGGACAGGCCAGGUGCCGUGCACACGGACGAGAUGGGCUACCUGUGGCGCGUUGAGGGCCUCGGCCAGAACGUGACCGCCGACUCCCUGGCGGCGCUCACCCUCAGGAGGCUCACCACGAUGUGGACAAACUUCGUCAAGACUGCAUCACCAGUGCCGGAGCCGAGCGACCUGCUCCCCGAAAAGUGGCCUCCGACCGAGUCAGACACUUUGCCAAAUCAAGUCUUCCUAGACAUUAGUGAGAAGCUCCAACUGAAGGUGGAACCGCUGGGCGGCCAUCACAUGAACUUCUGGAGGAUCGUCUAUCGAAACCUACGCAACGGAGGCGGACUGUAAUAACUUAAUGAUAAAGCGCCAUAAAAAGAACCUUACUACUUAUUUUUAGAACUAGUUCCAUAAUUUUGUAAAUAACUAAAAAUUUAAUGUAUGAAUAAAUUUUUAUUUUUGAAUUUAA